AUGUCACGCACUGCAACCCACCUAUUACGACUCCUGAUCUUUAGUAUCCUCGUCGCCCUUUCCUAUCGACUCUACAACGGCUAUCACCUCCUCGUCCCCAUCUAUCCCCUUCCCAUCUCCUACUUCCAUUUCCCUGCAUCCACCUCCCAGUCCACCUCCCAGCUCCCACUCAGCACCAGCACCACCGGCCAAUGCCACAGGAUUAACGCGCCUUCUGGUCAGCUGGCCUACUGCGAAGACCUGGAGGAAUGGCACUCCCUCUCGGGUGACAGGCUCGGCCUGCUCGCGAGCUGCGACCCCAGCCGCAGGGGGUGGAAUACAGUGAUGGGGCCGCUCCGUGAUCCUAACCCGAGAGGUUCGGUGUGGCUUGUUGAUCCUUCGACUGAAGAAUCGGUGCAAUUACCCCUUGUAGGCUAUCCAGAAGGACACGAUUUCCACCCUUUGGGCAUCUCCGUACUUCCUUCCGCGCCAGGGGAACCGACCACACUCUUCGCCGUUAACCAUGGGAGGCACAACUCCACUAUCGAGGUAUUCAGGCUCUCGUCCCCGUCCAGCGGCUCCCCGCAACUGGAAUACGUUCGCACGCUCACUCAUCGCCGCAUUCUCUCCCCGAACGCGGUCGUCGCAAUCAGCCCGAGCACAGUCCUGAUGUCACAGGAUCAUACAUUCACACGCCGCCUCCCUCCUCCUUUAGGGAACACGCUUCCUAUGCUGGAAUCUGUUCUCGCUCUCCCAGGAGGUAGUGUCGACGUUCUCCAAUUCCAGCCUUCCUCCCCACAAGCCGCAGGAACAUUCACGACGCCAACAUUCACGAGCGCCGUCCCCCACUUCCCAUUCGCGAACGGCCUAGCAUACUCGCCGCUAACACAGACCCUCGCGGUUGCCUCAUCCUCCAAGGCCGCAGUGUAUAUGUACGACCUCCCCCUGGCGAGUAGCGUGCUCCUCCUCCCGCUCCGACACAAAUCCACCACCCCGGUCCCGUUCUCACCUGACAACCUCUCCUUCUCAUCCUCCGGCACGCUCUACGCAUCGGGUCACCCGAACUUCCCCGCUAUUAUCAGGCACGCCAAGAGCGCGAGCUCAAGGGCGGGCAGCUGGGUCGUCUCCAUCUCCCAGGAUGGGGAGACGAGAACGGUAUUCCAGAGUGCUGGUGGGCCGGAGGAAGAAGCAUGGAAUGCGAGCACGACAGCUAUCGCGGAUGAAGAACAUGGGAAGGUGUGGAUCUCCGGCUUGUAUGGGGAGGGUAUCCUCGCCUGCGGCCCGGCAUGAUCAAUUGUAUUAUCGUAUCUUUUGACCGUCUUGACGAUCUUGUCAAUAUUUGUGGCAAUUCUUGUACAGUUUGAUAGGUUGUUUUUGAGUCUUGGCACAUAAUUAGAUACCCUAUUCUUGCCU